GAGUCUGCCCUCCCUGGCUAAAUUCCCCCUCUGCCCCACACAAAACCUGGCCCUGAUCUGGGCAGGUCCUGGAGGAGAGUGGAAACUCCUCCCCAGCCAGGUGUAGGGGGUGGAGUUUGAUUCCCACGGGCUGGCGCUUGGUGCUGAUGUGGGCAUUUCCUCUACUCCCCUGGACCUUGGCCUGGAGCUCGGGACCCCUUCCUGUCACCCCUGUCCUCCUCCCUCAAGAGUCGCCCAGCUGCCCCUUGCCCAGAAUGCCUGAGGGCCCCGAGCUGCAUCUGGCCAGUCUCUAUGUGAACGAGGCGUGCAAGGGGCUGGUGUUUGCCGGGUGCGUGGAGAAGUCACCCGUCAGCCGCAACCCCGAGGUGCCGUUUGAGAGCAGCGCGUACUGCAUCUCCUCCUCGGCCCGUGGCAAGGAGCUGCGCCUGACUCUGAGCCCCCUGCCUGGGGCCCAGCCCCCACAGGAGCCACUGGCCCUGGUCUUCCGCUUUGGCAUGUCUGGCUCCUUCCAGCUGGCGCCCCAGGACGCGCUGCCGGCCCAUGCCCACCUGCGCUUUUACACAGCUCCCCCUGGCCCCCCACUCGCCCUCUGCUUCGUGGACAUCCGCCGCUUUGGCCACUGGGACCUCGGGGGCGAGUGGCAGCCCGGCCGCGGGCCUUGUGUCUUGCUGGAGUACGAGCAGUUCAGGGAGAACGUGUUACGAAACCUAGCGGACAAGGUCUUUGACCAGCCCAUCUGCGAGGCCCUCUUGGACCAGAGGUUCUUCAAUGGCAUUGGCAACUAUCUGCGGGCAGAGAUCCUGUACCGGCUGAGGAUACCCCCUUUCGAGAAGGCCCGUAAGGUUCUAGAGGAGCUGCAGCAGCGCAGGCCGAGCCCGGAGCUGACCCUGAGCCAGAAGAUCAGGGCUAAGCUGCAGAACCCAGACCUGCUGGAACUGUGUCACUCCGUGCCCAAGGAAGUGGUCCAGCUGGGGGGCAAAGGAUAUGGGCCGGAGCAGGGGGAGGAGGACUUCGCUGCCUUCCGAGCAUGGCUGCAGUGCUAUGGCGUGCCUGGCAUGAGCUCCCUGCGGGACCGGCGUGGCCGGACCAUCUGGUUCCAGGGGGAUCCUGGACCCCUGGCACCGAAAGGAGGCAAGUCCUGCAAGAAGAAAUCCAAAGGAGCACAGCAGGGGCCUGAGCACAGACUAGAGGACCCUCUCGUUCCAAGCACAGCCCCUUCCAGGACACGUGGGACACGCAGAGACCCUCCUGGUCAAAGUACAGCCCAGCAGCCAGAGGGGACCAGCCUCCAGCAGGACCCAGAGGUCCCGCCAGUCCCUGGGAAGGGAAAAAGGAGGAGGCGACCAGCAACCUCAGGCCACCGCAGACCCCGAAGGAUCAAAGCUGACACCCCAUUCUUGGAUAAUGAGGGGAUGGCAGCCUCUUAGCAGGAAGGCCUCCUUGCUCUGCCAAGCCCUGCGGGGCCUGGGUGGCUCAGCUGAAGCAGGUUGGAGCUGCUGGGGGCCAGGUGCCCCGGCCCUGUGGCUAUUCCCUACACAACUAUGAUGUUUUUAAUUGUACCCCAUUCCCCAUUUUUUUAAACCCACAUGAAAAAUGCUAUCAUUUUUAAUAAACGAAUACACUUGAA